AUGUCCGAGUCUCUCCGUACGCCGUGGAUCUACGCAUAUCUCGCUGAAGUUGGCGAAACAUACGGUGCCUUUCUCUCUAACGUGCCGAAAUAUUCAAAGAAUAAGAAAGUGCAGUUGAUUGAGUUCCUUACCUACAACCAAGACACUGAAGACUCAUGUAUAUGGGGAGUUGUAUCCGACAAAGAGCACACAAUCCCGGUGCGAAUCAACGCGGAGGCACUCCGCACAUACCGAGCUGCAGUGGGACCGGAGGGUAGGAGACUGACGGAGCAGCGUAACGCUCUUGUCAAAAUCAAAGACUUCCGCCCCUUCUUCAGCCGCGUCCCCUUGGGCGGCAAUGUCAAAGGAAUGACGAAGCACGCCAGGCUAGCACUCGAAGUGGACUUUAUUGAGGUGGUUGGGAGCGUGGCAGAGGCGCGGUGGGGGAGUCCGAGCGACGUGGGCGGGGUUGAUAAAGUGAGACGGUGGACGGAAGGUCUGCAGCAGGAUGGGGGUGGUGGGAACAUUCUGAAGAUCGAGAAAGAGCAAGAGGCCCCGGAAGGCCGGGCAGAGGGGAAGGCUCAAGACCGUCGGGUCAAGAUCUCCCUUGAUAACAUACUCACUCGGAAGCACAAGUCUGCGGAGAAGGAAGAAUCUUCGCGAACGACAACAAAAAGGGAGGCGUUUAACACUCAUCGCAGCACAGCAGAUCUUUCUGUAGGGCAAUUGUGGAGACGUAGCUGGAAAUCGUAUAUUAAGGCGGCUGAUACUGAAGAUAUCAUCGGUUGGGCAUAUGUACCCGAUCCGGUCAAAGCAGCCUUGAAGGCUCCGCCAAAUGAAGUUACCAUUGGACAGAUUUCUCAGAGACUGACUGAGGAAGCUAACACGACGGCAGACCGUGCCAGUCAGCGUCAGCGUCAGGGGGAGGAACCCACUGUCGAUGACCCUGCCCCUUCCCCUCGCCGUCGAACGCCACCACCAAGUUCCAGCUCGCCGCCGGACGCUUCUCAGGUCGAAGUUGAUGGAACUGACGCCGCCUUCCGCCGACCAACCACGCCCACCCGAUCGGAGUGGUCGCCGUCUGUGCACGGCAGUCCUGAGCAGAAUCAAGAAGAUGAACUCGCGGCAAACGCUGGUCUUGACCAUACUUUCGAGUUCAGCCAUUUAGCCCAGGCAGACGAGCAGCGACGUGGUUCUCCAUCCAUUUGGCUACCCUCCAACCCACCUAGAAGUGACUUCCGCCGUCUCUCUCCCAGUGCUGCUUCUCAAACACUCGCCACACACCCCGAGCAUUCCACUUCCCAAAUCCCUUCGGCCAACUCCCAACAGGCCCGCGAGACCUCUACAAAUAUCCCGCCUUCGAUAGUGUUCCCGAAGCACGGUGCAAGGAAAGUGCCCUACCCUGUUCCGCCACGCCCCCGCGACCCCAAUGCCUCGGGUCCCGAGCGGAUUCUCGUGCCAAACUCUGACAUUUCGGGAUCUGGUAGUGGUUCCAUGAGGUUUACGCAAUCGCAGAGUCAGUCGCAGGGUGCUGCCUCGUUAUCGCAGAGCAAUAUUCUUGCUGGGUUGGACCGGGGGCGAAUUGCCGCGCCCUCGGCUCAGGUGCUUCCCCCCAACGGUGCCAGUGUGGUGGGGGGUGACCGUGGCUAUGAGGGAGACCGGUCCUCGCCCGAGAUGACUCGCGAUAGUCAGCACCAUUCCGAAGGAAACGACGUCCAGGCUGAAGUAGUUUCUGUGCGACAAGAGAUGUCUCCUGACGUCGAUGGAAUGGGCUACCCUCAGGCGACGGAGGAGCUGGAGCUCGAGGGGCCGAUCGAAGACCAUCCAGACGUUCCCGCUCGCGAUUGUAAGCGUCCCACAGCAGCCCCCCAUGCGCACAUUGGGCGUGAAGAUGAUGGCUAUUCUUCGGAUGAUCGGGAGACCCUUGCUACGUUGGCACGUGAGGCAAGCCAAAAGCGGUCCUUCAGCAAGCACCCUAUAUCUCCGCCUACGAGUGGCCCUAGCAUCUCGAGAGUUCGGCAAAGGAGCGAUGGGUUGCCGCCGGUAUUCGCCCCUCCCCGGUCGUCAGAUGUCCCCAUCUUGCCUUCGAGCCCGGACGUGUUCAUUGACACCAAGCCCUCGAAUGCGGACCGGGAUUCAAAAGCUUCUCGGGCCAGAUCUUCCAGUAGCUUUAAACGGGCCAUCACUCCGGCAUCGGUUCAGGAAUCUUUGAAGCAUAAGGGAGGCCGUGCAGAGCAGGUGCUGUCUCACACCAGGACGUCAACUCAUGACCCCGAUGCCUGGGUGGUGCCAAGUUUCAUGCGAAAAGGUAAUGAAGGAGCGCGGGGCAGCUCCGCCAUUCCGGCGAGAAGCAAGCGGAAACGAGACAGUGACGGGUCUGUGGUAGAGAUCCAGCCGCCACAUAAAUCGCUGAAAAGCUCGGACGACCGGAGGGUGCAGACAAUGCCAGUUCGCGCAGCUGAUGCGCCUUCCGAAGGUGCGGAGGGCCGAAAAAAACCGGGGAGCGUAUCGUCUGGAAUCGUAUCUACCGCGCAACAAAAUGUCCGAACCACGACUGGUCGUCCUUUGCCUGGCAUCUCUGCUGCUUCGAGACGACAUCCGCAUCCACACCCGAAGUCCCUCCUUGUCCCGGAAGCUGGCUUAAGUAAGCAGCGACCGUCUGUCACGAAUGGCCAGCAUCGUGUUGAGGGAGAGCCGAAAGAAAAGCUGGCUGGAUUUACCAUCGACUUGGGCAUGCGCCGCGAAAAAGACGGUCCUCCUCUGAUUACCUGGAAUACUCUGUCCGAGAUCCUACUACUAACCGGAAGGAUAAGGAACGGCACGAGCAGAGGGUAA